CUGUAGUGUGUGCGUUUUGGGUGUGGGCGCGCUUGUAUGCGUGCGUGUCGCGAUACGAAUCGAAGCCGGCGCAGCCAGUCGCGGUGCUGUGUUGGUGCAUGCGGGCUCUCUCUCUCACUCGCUCGCUCGCUCGCUUUCUCUCUCUCGCUCUCACCGUGUGUUGAUUGCGGCCGCUACAGGAGAGGGGGCUGCACACACCCAGAAGAUCCCUGCGCCUGUGGUCGGUGCUGGUGGGAAAGGAGAGCGCGGACGGUGCGGCGGGCGGAGCGAGUGCUACAGGGUGUGUAGGGGUGAGCAAAGGAGCCGAGCCGAAUUGAGCGGAGCGCGCGCGUGGAGAGCAGUGCCGGGGAUAGCUAAAAUUAACACACACCCCUAUUCAUUCGAACUUGCGUCGCGGACUCGACAACACGUUCGCAGCGACACAGCACCGUGCAAGGCAGACAGUCCGUGUGUGUGCCUCUCUCUCGCGAGUGUGGAGAGGCUCAGGAAAAAGGGAAAGAAAAUCAAACAAAUUCCGGACAGACCGAGAGCGCCCGUACAGCGAAUAGAUACAUACCGUCGUCGUCGUGUCGUCACCAGGACAUACAGUGUGUGUGGGUCGGGACCGUGUCAUAAUCAUCAUCGCGGCCAGUACCGUACGCUCCUGCAAGUGGAGAUAACCGUUCUUCUGUCCUCUGCGUUGGCCAAAGUGUGUGCUAGUGUACGGGAUUGAAGGAAAAAAAGGGUUCACUUUUUUACUAUUCCUGCGACAUCGCAGUGUGUGUUUUAGUUUCGUGUUGAAUUGUCAGCCAUCGAUAUCGCACACGGCCGUGUGUGCUGUGUGUGUUGUUCCUCCGUGUGGCCAACCAGUUGCUAUCGUGGGGCGACCGGUGUGAUAAUAGUGCGGUGUGUGUAGAAACACAUACAUAUAGUGCGGCGAUAAGGCAACCCCCUUUUGCCAGUGCGUAGCUAACAGUGCUUUGCCUGAAGUUCACCCAACGUGGUGAAUAAAAUCCUGAAGCAAAAGCUUCGUGUGCUUGUGUGUCUCCUGCGCUAAGUGACAAAAAGUGAAGCAACAAAUAGAACGUACAUUCCUUAGAAUCGUGGAAAAAAGAGCGAUCCUCCGACUCCCUUCCACCACCUCCCUGCUGCCCAUCAUUGCUCAAGGGUGUGUUGGGUGCGGUUUUGCCGUUCUCGAUCGAGACUGUGUGUGCGUGUUUGUGUGAGAUAGUGCGUGAUUUUUCUGUUCUCCGUGUCUCCUCCGCUCUGCGUGGUGGGGCAAGCGGCAGACUCGUGGCACCGUGUGGCGUUUCUGUGCGUGAUUUACUGGAUUUUUCAGUAUUAGUCGAAAAUUUCCCGUUUCUCCGUUUCCACACCCCGUGACGCGAUUGAUCGAUCGGUUCAUUAAACCAUGAUAAUGGAUAUGACAUAAAGUGACGUCAUACUGUCAAAUAGCAACAACAGCAACAAAACCCACCCGUGUGUGCCGUGUCCUGUGUGCUGGAUGUCAGAAUCGUUCUUCCAACCAUACAAACACACUUCAUUCAUGCACAAUUAGCACACAGUCAUCACUACUGAUCUCUGCUGAUGGGGCCCACCACGAUGAUGCUGCCGUUCGCUCCUCCGUGUCGCAGUGGUGAGUGUUGCGUCGCCGUCGCUGUGUGUGCUACCGCUUAGUGUCGCGUUUCCACUGUGGAAAAAAACGCAAAGCGCCACUGAUUGUGCGGUGCUAGUAGAAGUAAAAAGAAACGGAAGGUCCAGUGUGUUGCGGCUGCUGCAAUAUUUAUACAUUUUUUGCGUGAAUUGCCUCAUAAAAAGAGGACCAGUGCGUGCUGCGAAAGUGUGCGCUUUAGUAGUGUGCUGUUGUAUACCCACACACACACACUAAAAAUCGCGAAUGUGACGAGUGUGUGCUUGCGACGAAAGGCAACAUUCUUUCACACACCACACCGCCGAUUCUAGACGUGAGGAUCAUCCCUUGAGUGCGUUGUGUGUGUGCGUGUGCGUGUGUGUGUGUAGCUCUGCUGUGCUGUGAAAGAAAGAGCAUCCGUUGUCUCUUCUCUCUCCCCCCCCCCCCAGCACAAGAGAAAAGUGUGUCGCGCCAGGCCCCUCACUCACAAGAAGCAAAAGAGGAAGAAAGGGUGUUCAAAUUUUUGGCGCGCUGAUUACUGCGAUUGAUUGUGAGAGGAAAGAAGAUUUUUGAUCGUGUGUGUGUCUGUUACUACGAGCACUAAUGUGUGUGUGUGUGUAGCGUGGUGGGAAAAGGAAAAACGAAACGUAUCGUAGUGUGGCGGGUUUUAUGUGUCAAAAGGGUGGAAGUGAAGUGAAGGAAAAGCACAAUUUAUUGGUGGGUGUGUUGUACUUGUCGGCGGUCGGCAGCUUAGAGAAGUUUCGCCGAAAAACGUGUUCAAAAAAAGAGCAACGUGCGUGACACAAAGAAAAGCGCGUGUUUCGGGAAGCAUCUCGUCAGCAGCAGCAUCUCGAAGGAAUCACCGAACGAGGAACACCAAACCGUCAUCUCAGCCCCCCAAUCUCCUGUCGUCGCCGGUGUUAGAAAGUAUAGCCACCAAACCUACAACCGAACUGGAAAGACUGAAUCACCCUAAGUUCAAGCUGCUGAUAUACAGCAGUAAAGCGAUAGUAACUUUUAUCUUGCCUUCUAAAACGUCUAAACGAGGAAAGAUAACGAAGGACGACGACUAGCAGAAGCAUCAACAACAACAGCGCCGAUAUCGGAGUACCCCGAUAAGAGCAACGGCUAUUUACGUCUCUGUUCCCAAGGGACCCCGAGAUAGAGAGGACACAGGAUUCCUUGCUUGACGGAAAACAAAACAACAAAAAUCACAGUAAAAAUGACAUCCCAAAGAUUCUGCCUCCGGUGGAACAACCACCAAACCAACCUGCUCGCCGUGUUCGACCAGCUUUUGCACGAUGAAACUUUCAUCGAUGUAACGCUGGCCGUUGAAGGUCAGCACCUGAAAGCACACAAGAUGGUGCUGUCCGCCUGCAGUCCUUACUUCCAGCAGCUUUUCGUCAGCCAUCCCGAGAAGCACCCGAUCGUAAUCUUGCGCGAUGUACCGUUCAAAGACAUGAAGUGUCUGCUGGACUUUAUGUACCGCGGCGAGGUGUCGGUCGACCAGGAUCGGCUGGCCGCCUUUCUGCGCGUCGCGGAAAGCCUCCGGAUAAAGGGGCUCACCGAGGUGAACGACGACAAACCGAAUGCGCCCUCUGGCUCGGCGUCCGCAACAGCAACCAACUCGGCCGGCUCGGCUGCCUCAAGCGGUGCGCAAGCGACGGGUGCCACCACCACUACCAACACAGUUCCAAACGCGACAGUACAAAAGAACAGCAGCGGAAGCAGUGGCAUGGUGUCGCAAGUCGACGAUGACGAAGACGAUCGCUGCUCGCCCGUACCCAACAGUAUUGCGGUGGCGCCCAACGCAGCCAGCUCCGGCCAGGCGCAGGGCGGCCAUCUAAAGCCGCUACCCCCACUGCUCUCCUCCACCGGCAUCGUUACCCGCAGCCACAGCAACAGCUUGCUGCAGCAAGGUGGCAGUAGCGCCGCCAGUGGCAGUGCGAUGGUGCAAACGAAUCCGCUGCUCGGUACUGCCCUCUCGCAACAGAAGCGCAAGCGUGGUCGUCCGCGAAAGCUGUCCGGAAGCGAUGCAGGCGAGGGUGAAACGGAGGGAAAUUUCGUCGGCGGCGGCGGUGCGCCCGGUGAAGAGUACGACAGCAGCUCGAUGGAUAUUAUGGAUGUGAAAAUUGCCAGCAGUGGCGCGUCCAACUCGGGCGACGACGACCAGCAGCUAAGAAUUGUGAGCAGCCGCACGGACGACGACGAUACCCUGAUGCACGAAAAGGCCGAACAGCUGGACGACGAGGACGACGAGGUAAUGGACGAUGAGGCGGACGAGCUGGUUGACGAUGUCGAUUUGGAGGCGGGCGACGAACCGCGGGGUACCUCGCCGUCACUGGACGAAUCGAUGGAAGAUACCACCGGCAACAUGGACGGCACGACCAACAACAAUGGCAACACGAAUCGAUCCGGCAGGCAGCAUCAGAAGCAGGGCACCGCGGCAGCCAAGCCGUCGCGAGCUUCCAAGCGCAGCCGAACGCGGAACAACGAAAACAGCUUAUCCGAUUCGAAAGAUUCAUUUGCUGAGGAUGAUAAAUGCAACAAACUGGACGGCACGGGUGCCGGCGAAGAGGAGGACGACAUUGAGGAUGAUCAGUAUGAUGGACGCGAACUCAAUUCGAGCCUAAUGGAGCCGCAGCUGCUGCUGGACGAGUAUGACGAACCGGUCGAGUUUAAGUUCGAUCCACGCACCGACAGCGGAGCCGUCGAUUCAACCUCCAACAGCAACUACCUACCGCCCUUGCAGCCGAAACCGGGUCUAAAGAUUGCUAGUACCAGCGGGGGCGCGCGUAUGCCUCAAAUCUCGGUCGUACCGACGACGGCACUCCAAAUACCGAAGCUGGCACCCCUCACGGCAUCCGGCGGCGGUACCAGCAGCUUCCUUGGCGGUGGAUCAAACAACAAAUCCUCGGUAAAGCUGCACAAACGCGCCCGGCUAAUGACACCAAAGAAACCGAACGGCAUGACCACCACGCAAACGAUACUGAACAAUCUGAACAACAACCUGAACGAAAGCUUGAUCUCAACCUCGAACACCGCCAGCGGCGGAUCGUCAUUGUGCAUCACGGGCAUCGGCUCCGAGAUGUACGACAUGUUUUCCGGCAGCGUGCUCCGAUCGUCGAGCCCGCGCUCGAACUCGAACUCACCCUCGGUGAAGGGCGGCAGCGGCAAUGACAGUGGCUCACGCACGCACAAGUACGCCGUGAUUGACGAUACCGAGGGCAGCGUGCGCGAUUUCUGUACCAAAGAGGGUGACCACGUGUACCGGUGCAAAGUGUGCGCCCGCGUGUACACGCACAUCAGCAACUUCUGCCGGCAUUAUGUGACCUCGCACAAGCGCAACGUGAAGGUCUAUCCCUGCCCGUUCUGUCUGAAAGAGUUCACGCGCAAGGACAACAUGACGGCGCACGUGAAGAUCAUCCACAAGCAGGAGUACGCGCAGCAGCAAACGACAGGCGUCGGGCCGGGCGGCACUUCGCCCGCCAGCGGCGGCGGAAGCAACUCCCGGGGCGAGGAAUCGUUCAGUGCCACCCUAGUGGGUGGGCGGAACGAUUCGACCAACGGUGGGAGCUCCCUCACGACGGCCUCGAUCAUUAACGCGGUCGGACUGCAGCCGAAGCUCGGCACGAACAGCGGCGGUACGGGCGCUAUACGGAUCAUGUAUCCCUUUCCCGGGAGUGGCCAAGCCUCGCCGGCGGCUGCAGCCACAACAGCAGGAUCAGCCGGCAGUGGCACGGUCGGGACGAUUACCAUCAAGAAAGAAUUUCAAGAGAAGUCAUCGUCCUCAUCAGGUGCCAAUUCUCCGACCGGUUCGGUUUCGUCCAGCUCCAGCGGUCUCGCUGCGCAACCGGCCACCGCAACCGUCAGCCAGUAGUAGGAAACACCGGAAAGGUUAAGCAAUUCCACCACACACCUGUUCAACUGUUGUCCCCCUUCCCCGGUUUCCACAGAGCGACAAAAAGGACCAACCACAGAUGAUAGAGGCUAGUAAUUGGUAGGGAAAAUGAAGCAAACUGCUGCAGGCUCUUGGUUUGCCCGUCAUAUAUGGGACUGUCCCUCCUUUUUGCGACAAAAUGCAGAGAACUGCACGAUCGGUAGGCUAGCCCAUACAAGAGCUAGAAAAAUCAUUCCUUCAAAAGGGUAUUUUGUAGUUUUAUAAUAUCGUGGAACUCUCCCCCUAAAACCUGAACAAGACAACAACAAACAUGUUGGGGUGCGAGUUCUUCCUUUUUUUAACAAGCAGGUCUUUGUACUGGUUUUUUUUAAAUAGUUGUUAUAAGCUUGAGUGUGACGCUGUUGCUCUAAGUGUCUAAUCAAAAAUCGCACACUAAUUGCUGCGUUAAGUGAGUAACCGUAAAAAAUUAUGGUGUUACUAAGGUGUGCUGUGUGUGGUUCGGUGUAUGAGCGUCCAAAAUCGACAGCCCACUUCUUUCCCCACUCUACAUUUAAAAUCGACCAAAAGUUUGGCCCCUAGCAGCGGGCUGGCCCAAUACACACACCCCCCUCGAUGGAUUCUCCGUUAGUUUGUCUACUACUUUAUAUAUGUAUUGUAUGCGCGUAUUUAGUGUUGUAAUGUAUUUUUAAUUAAUGUUUGUAAAAUUUUUGUUUGCAAAGAUAAUUGUGUACCCGUUUGUUUUAUUAAACCUCCCUCCCGGUGCGCUUGGUUCCGAGGCAACUCCUACUCCUCCCGUCGGGGAGGGGGUCAUAUACAACGGCACAAAACAACAAUUGCUUCACUAAUGUCUUCCCCAAAAAUAGCAAAAGCAAUCGAAACGACGAAAUGCUGUGCUUCAGCUGGUUGGAGACGAUCAUUCGAUCGUACCAGUCAUUGAUGCGCAGCCGUUUUUGAAUUGUAGCAAAGUACCACCUAAAUCAUAGUACUACGAUCAUGAUCUACGAUCUGUGUUGCCGCAACGCGCAUGUAGUGCAAAGAGAAAGCAACAUACACUAAUUCGCAUUUCCUUUCGGUAUAGCUCAUAUUUAGGAAAAACAAACCAUGAAAAUGUAGGGAAUGCGGAAACACCAUGCAUCCACUGUACAUUAUUAUUUAAUAGCAGGAUUGUUAUUUGUUUUGUGUUCUUCUUUUAAACACAGAAUCAGCCCAAAGAAUGAUUCGAUUUGUUUCCUUUUUUUUUUGUUAAUUAUUUUUAUAGCAAUUCUUUAUUUUUCUAAAUUUAUACAUACAUAUUGGUGGGUGUGUAGGUACGACAUAGCGGCAAUGGCAUUGCGGUUUGGUUUUGAAUCAUUUCAAAUAUUUCAUAACAAGCUGUAGUUGUUAUUGUCCGUCAAAUGGUUUUAAAACAACAACCAAGUUAUGAGGUUUUUGUUUGAUGUGUUACCUUAACAAAUUUUAUGUUUAAAAUUACAAUCUGUCUUUGUUAUUGCAUUGGUCUCAGCUUGGUUUGUAUUAUUUUUAUGUUAUUUAAACUUAACGGGCGCGUGAAAAAGCACACCAUCGUAUUGAUUCAGAACAACAUAUGUAUGAAGGGCAUUAAUGUACGCAGAAUUGUAUUUAAGAAAAUGUAUGGGACAAUGAAUUCACUUCUCUUACUACUAUAGACCGCUGUCUUUUUUACCAUCCAACUGAGAUGUGUACAUCAAAAUAUUGGAAAUGUAACAAAUUUUAAGCUGAAUUGUUUCAGAGGUGGUUUAGAAGAGAACAAUCAAUAACCAAACUAAACCAACAUUGGCCGUUAAAUGUUGCAUUCGUCCCACAUAUGUUUAAUAGAUGUAUAAAACGAAAAAGGCUGAGAUAGUAAUUGUAGUUCGUAAUCUUAAGCAGCGUCGUAACGCACUUGCGCGUGGUUAUGUUGUCACAGAGCUGGGUGGAACAUUUUAAUUUGCGCUCCUGCGCUUCUUCAACCAGAAUCAUCAUUGUGCGCUUAGUGCGCCUUCACCAGGCACCACACACAGACACACCGAUUCACACAAACUAGCCUGCUGCAGGUUGAAUAAAUGUAACCCUUUUGGCUAUAGCACGAUAAUGCGAAGAAGAGUGUAAUAUUAACACGUAAAUAAAAAGAGACUAAUUUGUUUGUUAUGUAAGCAUCAAUAUAGAAGGACAGCAGGGACGAAGGUUGGGUGAUCUUAAGGGGGAAGGUCGAUAAUGUUAGCUUUGUAAUUAGUGUGAGUAGUAUUUAUGCAAAAAGAUAAUCAUAUCCUUAGCUACUAUUAUCAACAGCACCGUAGUUUUUUGUUUUAAAUAUUUGUUUCUGAUGAAAUGGUUCCAUUUUUCCAAAACCUGGUCGUGCCGAAUAACUGUCCAAGGAGAAGUAAAUUGCAUGUUCGAUGAAACUUGCUACCAGGGCAUAAACAUUUAUCCCAUGAGGCGAGCGAUGCUAAAAGAACAGAAGACGAAGAGGAACAAUCGAUAAAGAGAGGGACGUGCGUGCAUUUUAUGAUAGUGAAUAAUAUAGUUUGUUUUGUUUGUUUUUCAUUUUGUGUAUCAAGCAUUUUGCCACCCAUAAGGCACACUUGGGUUUUGAUGGGUGUUGCAGUAGGAAAAUUAUGAACCACGAGCAAACGAUUGAGCUGUAGCAACACAUUGCAAUACAUGUUCUAGUUUUAUGAGUUACUUACGCUCGCACUAUUGUACUAAAAGUAAAGCAUAAUAAUUUGCAAAUUAAUCUCUAUUUAGCGAACGCGUUGCCUACGGUAAUGCGGUUCACAAACGAACGCACCUGGAACAGUAGCUAGGUAAAGAUUGAACUCUGCAAUAAACACUUGUUUAAUCUUACUAUCUUUCCGUGCACAGAUAUUCCCUUCGCAAAUCCAAUAGUUAGUGCAAUUUUAACGUAUUAAGUACUUCGUUAUAUUACUCUGAGAAUCUGGCACAUCCCCAAAUGAAAGCAUUGUGGAACAGAAGCUAUCCGAUAUUCCGUUCGUUACUUGCCGCGAGUAGAUGUACAUACAGAAAGGGAGUUUGAACAGAGAAAACUAAAUUCAAAAACGUAUCUGUAAACAAUGGACAGAAAGAUGAACUUUUUUUUUGGUGCAGCGAGGAGAGCAGAAAGAAGCAAACCAAGUUUACCAACUUUUUGUCCUAAAAAAUAAUAAAUCCGCAUUUACACUAAAUUCUAGUUUACUUUUCUCGACGUUAUAUUAAACAUGCAUUGAAAAAGGCAUACAAAUAUCACGGAAAACGGGCAUAAAAAGGCAAAAAGAACGCAAAGGGUCGUUAGUUUUAGUAAAACUAAUAGUUAUAUCUAAGAACAGAAUCACCAAAUAAGAUAAAUAAAUGAUAAUAAACGCACACACGUAUUAAAAGUAA